CGGGGCCGCCGCGGAUUGGGCAGGGCGCGGGGGCUGGCUGUUGCUCAGGCGGCGCGGGGUGAAGGUGAGCUGGAGGGCGCGCGUGCGCGCUGCGGCUCCCGGAGGGGGCACUGGGCCGGGAGACGGUCGCACUGCGCAUGCGCACCCCAGCAACCGGGGGCCGGGCGGGGUGCUGCUGUCGCCAUGGCGGGGCUGAGCUGGCGGGUCCCUGCACCGCAGCGAGUGUCGGUUUGCUGCUGUGUACGGGGCUCCGGCCCGCGGCUGCAGGGCGCCCGGGUUCUCCCUCCUGCAGCGGCGGGGUUAAGCCCCGGAUCCGCCGGUGGCGGUCUCGGUCUGUGCUAUGCGGUGCCCGGUUCUCCCAGCCCGGGAACCGCGUCCGCUCCCGCCGGGCGCUGCCAUUUCCUGCUGGUGCGGCCGCCUUCAGCCCCGCCAGUAAACAGCCGGGGAGCGCCCCCGUCGCACCGGCCUUUUCCGUAAUUCCUUUGUUUUGCUGAGUUUGUCUGGGUGACGCUUUGCUCCCUUACGUAGCAAACCGGGGCAGCAACAAGUUGGGCGUGUGUCGGGACCGAACUGUGCACGCAGGCAGCUGCCCCGGGGCCGCAGUGUGAGCGGGGUGCAGCCCCCGGCCGGGGGCUCGGGUUCGCGCUCCCGGGCCAUCUGUGCCGGUUCUGCGUGCUCCGCGUUCCCCGCGCGGGGGGUCAGAGGGACGCACCGAUGUGUUAAUCCGAUUUCCACGUUGUUACAUACUCAAAAUUCCUGUUCCUUUAGACCGUAGCACUGCGAAGGAGAAGCUCUGCGAACUUUUCUCAAUGACUCUAUAGCCAACUGAUGUAACAAUGGUACUAAUAUUGGGACGCAGACUGAAUAGAGAGGAUAGUGGGAUACGAGAUUCCCCUGCAACCAAGCGGAAAGUUUUUGAAAUGGACCCAAAGUCGUUGUCAGGCCCGGAGUUUUUCGACUUCUCCUCGGGAUCAUCCCAUGCUGAAAGCAUUCUCCAGAUCUUCAAUGAAUUCCGAGACAGCCGGCUGUUCACAGAUGUUAUUAUCUGCGUGGAAGGCAGGGAGUUUCCCUGCCACCGAGCGGUUCUCUCAGCCUGCAGCAGCUACUUCAGAGCCAUGUUCUGCAACGAUCACAGGGAGAGCAGAGAGAUGCUGGUGGAGAUCAACGGCAUUUUUGCUGAAGCUAUGGAUUGUUUUUUACAGUAUGUGUACACCGGCAAGGUGAAAAUCACCACAGAGAACGUGCAGUAUCUCUUUGAAACAUCCAGUCUCUUUCAGAUCAGUGUUUUGCGUGACGCCUGCGCCAAGUUCCUAGAAGAACAGCUGGAUCCUUGCAACUGCCUGGGAAUCCAGCGCUUUGCAGAUACACACUCACUCAAGACGCUGUUCACCAAGUGCAGGAAUUUUGCGCUGCAGACAUUUGAGGAUGUGUCCCAGCAUGAAGAGUUCCUUGAACUGGGGAAGGAUGAGCUUAUUGAUUACAUUUGCAGCGACGAACUGGUGAUCACUAAGGAGGAGAUGGUGUUUGAAGCUGUCAUGCGCUGGGUGUACCGGGCGGUAGAGUUGCGCAGACCAGUGUUGCACGAACUUCUGACGCAUGUCAGGCUCCCGUUGUUACACCCAAACUACUUUGUUCAGACUGUGGAAGUGGACCAGCUGAUUCAGAAUUCCCCAGAGUGCUACCAGCUGCUGCACGAGGCCAGGAGGUACCACAUCCUUGGAAAUGAGAUGAUGUCUCCCAGAACUAGGCCACGCAGAUCAACUGGUUAUUCUGAGGUGAUAGUUGUUGUUGGAGGCUGUGAACGAGUUGGAGGGUUUAAUUUGCCGUACACUGAGUGCUACGAUCCUGUAACGGGAGAGUGGAAGUCACUGGCUAAGCUUCCAGAGUUUACCAAGUCUGAAUAUGCAGUGUGUGCCCUACGGAAUGAUAUUCUUGUUUCAGGUGGAAGAAUCAAUAGCCGGGAUGUUUGGAUUUAUAACUCUCAACUUAACAUUUGGAUCAGAGUUGCCUCCUUAAAUAAAGGCAGAUGGCGUCAUAAAAUGGCUGUUCUUCUUGGUAAAGUAUAUGUUGUUGGAGGAUAUGAUGGGCAAAACCGCCUCAGCAGUGUAGAGUGUUACGACUCAUUUUCUAAUCGAUGGACAGAGGUGGCUCCCCUUAAAGAAGCUGUGAGCUCUCCAGCCGUCACCAGCUGCGUUGGCAAACUGUUUGUGAUCGGCGGUGGUCCUGAUGACAACACGUGUUCUGACAAGGUUCAGUCUUAUGAUCCUGAUACUAACUCUUGGUUGCUCCGUGCAACUAUCCCUAUCGCAAAAAGAUGUAUUACGGCUGUGUCUUUAAACAAUCUGAUCUACGUUGCUGGUGGGCUUACCAAAGCAAUAUACUGCUACGAUCCAGUUGAGGACUACUGGAUGCAUGUACAGAAUACAUUCAGCAGACAGGAGAAUUGUGGCAUGUCUGUGUGUAAUGGAAAAAUCUAUAUCCUGGGUGGAAGACGAGAAAACGGUGAAGCCACAGACACUAUUCUUUGUUAUGACCCUGCAACGGGCAUUAUCACAGGAGUAGCAGCCAUGCCCAGGCCAGUAUCAUAUCACGGCUGUGUGACGAUUCAUAGAUAUAAUGAAAAAGGCUUUAAACUGUAAUGUUUUCUUGAAAAAGAGAAGAUUGCAUGAAUUAAUCCAGUGGUCUGCUGCAAGACAGGCUUUUUAAAGAUUCCUGAAAUGGGAAAAUGCCCUUUCCCUACCUAAGUGUCAUAUGAAAACUAUAUCCUGUGCCUUUAGAAGAAGGGUUACUUUAACUUACAAAACAAGUCUACAAAUCUAUCCAGUAACCAGAGUUCAGUUAUAUCUGCUACGGGCUCUGGUACAAGAGCGGUAACAAUACGUUGUACCAGAGUUCAGAAGGCUUGCCCUAAGUGUGAUUAGUACUUAAAAUCUUGGAAGCUUUUUGCGGAGAGUGCCUUCACAAGCAUUUGUGCCUGUGUCCUAAGAAGCAAUAUCUGCGAGGUGUUUCAGGUUCUGCUAAUUGGAAAAAAUACAUAGGCAAGUAAAUUCCAAAGAAUCAACUAGGAUAAUUACCUACAAUUUUUAAAAGCUUAGAUAAUUGUAAUUCAUAUGCGCAGCAUUCUUACAAGCAGAUUACUUGGCUUAACCAAGUAGAUUUUAUGACAGAUAGUGCCUGGUUUAGUAUUAAAAAAGAACAACAAACCAAACAAGCUACGUAAGACAAAUAUUAGAAUCUUCAAGGAAUGCUUUUUUCCGAAGGAGAGACUGGUUGUUCAGCGAGCUGCUGCAACACACUGCAGUGACGAUUGCAUACCUGAACACUAUGGACCUUAUUCAUAGUGUUGCUAAAUGUGUAUCAGAAGUGCAAGUCUACAUGACAUGGAGAAUGAGACACCACUGGGUUGUAGACAUGCAUCUGUGAAACAAAUUUUGAAUCCCAGUUCUUAACUUUUAAAAUAGCGUGGUUGAAGUCUGAAAGUUACCGGGUUCGCUCUUUGUUCACUGCGGAGUAUCUCUGAACUAUUCGAGGAAUAAAGGAUGAUGAACUCUGGAUUCUUCCGCUUUUCUGAAUCGCAUUAGAAAUUAUCUGAUGAUAGAGGCAGGAACUUGGGUUGCACCCUACAGCUUAUGAAUUGGCCUUAGCCAUCUCUGCAGAUGAGAUAUAUCCCAGAGUACCCGCCAAGUGUUUCUUGGCCUUUCUUCAGACAAUCACUCCAGCACGGUUAAACUACUGUAUAAGCUGCUUGGCCACAGACAAAGAAGUUCUGGAAAGGUCCCUCCCGUCACCAGAAGAAUAUCUGUGGACCUGUCCACGUAGCCAUAUGAGCUAACUCCCAACAUAACGGGUUUUGGAUGAUUUUGAAGUGUAGGAAGCACCUGUAUUUUGACUCUUUUUUUUUUUUAAAUAAAGCUAUUUUUAUAAGUGCUCCAUAGAUUUCUGUACUAGAUCUCUUUAUUUCCAGUACACAGUUGUAUAGUUGAGGCACAAGUUCUUAAAAACUGAAAUAGCACUUGAGAGCUGGAAGAUGAAUAGGAUUGUCUGUGUACCAAUUUCCUGUUAAUCACCAAAAAACCCUUGGGAACUGCCUUUCAAAGGAAUUCUGAGGACAGCAGCCAGUAGGGAAGUUGGUCAGUGCCAGGGCAGGAAUCAAAACCGUGAGGCCCCUGCAGAGACAGGCCCGGCCUCGGGGUUCUGGACUCCGUGCUUGCUCAGGAGGGUGAAAACAAGCACCGCCUCUGGAACGUGGUUUGUUCCACUGGACUUUCUUCAUCUGUUUUCCCAGAGUAUUUCUUCAUGAGAUGGAAAUUCUGACCCUCAGUGAAGCUGUGCCAAGCUGGGAGUCAUCGUUUUCAGUAACAUAUGGUCAUGACUUUUAAAGAGCACUGGGAGCUGCACUUUGUGAUGCAUUAACUUGUAACCUCAGGAAAGGACAUAAGUUUCAGUUUCUGGCUGAAUACCAAACACUGCUCUGUGUAUGUUAAGAAUACUGAUAAAAUACAAAUCUCUGUGUAGGAAGUUAGUCCCUGAGCAUGUACACUCGCAUUGCCCUAAAAAGAAAGUCCCUCGGUGAUUUAAGACGAAUGAGAUAAAUUAAUCCUUUUCUAAGUUUCUUGUGUUUCUGCUCACCAAGGUUACUUUGAAAAGAUAAUUUCAGUACCUGUGAAUAAGGUCCAUUGAUAGCAAUGGUUAAUUGCCCAGUAACAGAUAUUCUAUACUAAUGCUGUAUGUAACUUGUGCCAUCGUUGUAAAUGAAAAUGUAAAAAAUGAUAGGAGCGCUUCAUUAGAGGUGUAAUUUGAAAAAUAUUCUCCUUUCAUUUCCUUCUUAUUUGCAUUAAGACUUGUAAUGUUGAUUGUCAUGCUAAACUGUUUUUAAACAUUCUUUAUUCUGUAGGUGUAGAACAAUGUCAUUUUUGUAUAGGUAUCUUCUAAUCUGUGUUUAUAAUACUGCACUACUCUGUAAAUAACAAGAUACUGCUUUCUAUGGUUUUGAAGAUUUGUUUUACAGAUUAGUUGUCUUUUCUUAACAAUAUAUGUACUGUUACCUAUUAUUUUGAAAAUGACAGUGUUUAAUGAACCAGUAAACGCAAAAAUGUAGAUGUAGAAGAAAAUUUCUGCUUAUAAUUCUUGAGAAUCUGUAUUAAGUGCUGAACAGUUACAUGCGUGGAGCAUUGCUAAAACAGCAGUUGUCCAUGCCAUGAUUUCCUUAAAUCGAGCAGUGAAAAUUUUAUUUUUGCUUGUUAUCUGUAAAUAAUUUGCACUUAUGGCCUGUUCUUUUAGAACUAUUAUUUUUAGAUGUACUAGGAAAAAAAACAGUUCAACUUGGGUUUGAUGAAAACAUAUAAUUUUUCUAGAAGGAUGCAUUAAUUUGGAAGUCGCAUUCCUGAGCCACCCAUUCUCCGAUGCAUUUCACUUAGGUAUAGAUGAGUUCAAAGAUUUAAACUCUCACUGUUACACAUAUCUGGCUGCUUGAAGUUUAGGGGCUUGAGCAGCAGGUGGGCUUUUUUUUUGUCUCAUCAAGGGGAGAAAAUUAUUAAUGUCAUCGAGUACAAUGAAAAGAUUUCCAUCAUAAAUUAUAAUAUGUUUGGUAACUCUAAUGUAGAGAGACUGCUUUUAGAUAUACUAUGCAUUCCCUCAUUUCACAGCCAUCAAGCGUGUAGCAUUGCCUGGUAAUCAUUUACCUGUAGGCUUCCUUGGUAAUGCUGAAGUGGUUAUAAUUUGUGUGAUCUCUUCCAGUUGUACCAUCACAUGAUUAAUUUUCUGCUGUGUGCCUGAUAUGCAUUUUGAUAUGCACUCAUACACUCAGACUCAUACUGUUAGUUUUUUAUUUUAAUUUGCACCAAUGCAGUUCUCAUCAGACUGCGCUUGUUUCCACGUUUCAAAGCACAGAUAUCUUUAAUGCAGAUUAAGUUGAUGUGGACCCUUAUGAUAAUUUACUCAAGCUUUUUAUAUGGCAUUUUAAACUCUGCAAGUUUUUGAGAGAGGGUGAUGAUGUAGGAGGUGCUCACCUUGACAGAGGUUCACAGGGGAAGCUUUGGUCACUUGUGCUUGAGAGCAAAGACACUGGUGACUGUUCAGCUUCUUCCUUACAAUAGUUGAGUUCACCACAUUAUCUUACAUAAUUACUCAGUUUAUCCAGAUGCUGAAACUUGGGUGGUAAAAAUAUCUCACGUUUGUCAGCCCACUGAACUCAGUUGGAGUGAUAAAGAUACAUAUAUGGUCACAGUCUUCUGGUGGCAAUGUUCAAGAAAGCCAAAGGUUUGGUUUUUCCUAAUUGCUCAACUGGGCAAGUAUAUGUGGGUUGGUUGGUUUGGUUGUUUUCUAUCACUGAAGAUGGUAAAAGCCAAUUCAAGAGCAUUAAGAAGCUCACAAGACUUGGUCACUGUGAAGCAAAAUGAAUGUUUUCAUCAGAAUGUAGUCUCAUGCACACAAGAAAGUACAGAUUAAAUGGUUUGUUGUGCCUGGUUAAAAAAAAUCUGAGCAAUAUGUACUCAGAAAAUGAGUUUACAAGGUAAGAUGAGAUUUUUUUUUUUCUAAGCAGAAAUUUGCUAUCUGGUUAGGGUCCAAGCAGUGAUUUUAUUUUAUUUUAUUUUAAAUAUGUCUAGCACACAAGCUUCUUCGGUGUUGAAUUUUUUCAGGUGGCAUUAGUAAAAAUUGAUCUCGCUGUCAGUUUAUCAUGAUUGAGUCAGUACUAUGAGCAUUGCUGCAAAAUGGUGAGCAGCCCCCUACCAACCCCAAGCCAGACGUGCAAAUAACAUGUUCUCUGCACACUGGCCUCGCUGUCUUCCAUAACCAAUGUUACAUGUAAAUUUAUAUUACUCAAAGUAUAUAGCCCUGAUAACAUUACUCUUUAGGAACCCUAUUUACAGGAACAUUUAUUUUUUUCUACUGUAGUGCUCCAGUCUAUGCUCUGGUUUAUGUGUGCACAUCUGUGCGUGUGAAUAAUUUUGUGAUAAUUUUCUGAUAAUGCUUAUAAGUAAUGCACACAAAAGUCCCUGUGUACAGCAUGUUGAUAAUGUAAUUAUGGCUUACUUUGUAUUAUUAGUUCCAAACAAAAUAAUGUGUGUUAAUUUUGAAAAUACCUGUGCCUUGAAUUCACCUAUAUUUUCAUCUGUUGUGAAAAAGUGCUUGGAUGACUUCUCCCAGUUAAUCUUUAUUAGGAUCGGUCUUACUGUCUGGGCUGUUGAUGUGCUUCUAAGAGAAAUAAAUCUUGCCAUUCAUUAACUAGAAUAGUUCAACCUUUUGUUUAGAAAGUGCCUAGAAUGCUUCCAUUAUUACAAUGCUAUGGCAGAUUUAAUGCAGGGAAAUCAGUAUUUGUUUUUUCCUAUUUUUUGUUUCCAGCACUCCUCAGUGACAAUGGACUUGAGUUUAGUCUUUGGCUUCCUGUCCUCAACACAUACAGUUUCUUGUUUUAGUUGAUAGCCUCUACAGUAUUUCUGAAUCCUCUGACUUGUCAGUCAUCAACCUCUUGUUUAAUGUAUGUAAUAUGAAGCAAUAAUACGGUGCAGCAUGGCAAUAAGCAAAUCAAGAGACUUGAAUGUAAUGUACUAUUAGUAAUUCCAUCUGUAUAAAUGCUGGACUUGUGCGUCGUUCUCUUUUUGGUGCACCUGUAGCAAUUUGGAGUCAGAUAAAUAGGAGCUACUUGUCCGUGGAAGGAGAGUUUACCUCCUGAACUGUUAUUCAUAUAUUUGAUCUUCAACUGAAAUCAUGUUUUGAUUUUCCUUUUUUUUGCUGAGGAAAACAGCAGUUCAUGUUAUUCCUUGCCAGUUCCUGUAUUUGCUGAAACAUCAAAGGCGCAGUUCCGCAAAGAGCUGAUCCUGUCUUCAAGAACAGCCUGGUGCAGCACAAAUGACAUUUGAACAACAACAAAAAAGCGCAGACCACUAACUGUGUGCCAGAGUCGAUGUAACGUUAUCUCAAUUAUAACAUUAAGGUCUUCAGAUUGUGCUGACAGUAGAAAAGUGAUUUUGUAAUGUAGCGCAAUUGCAAUAACACCUGUUAUAUUUAAAUAUAUUUCUUGCAUAAUUCUUUGAAAGUUUUUUAAAGUUCAGUGUACCUAAUAAACAUUUGCCUUUUGAAUA